GGAGAGGACCGGUUUUGCUCUCAGCCCAGCUCUUGCCCUCAACUCGGAUUUUCAUUUACUUUCUCAACCAUUCGUUAACCCAAUAUGAGGCCCUCAAUAGCACGUCUCGGCGAUAUGCCUCCUCCCCGACAUGCCUACCUCAAAUGGUGGGGUGACACCCAUGGUGCUGGAUUGAAGCAGCGUAUGACUGAAUACACCCUCUCGCCACUUCAAUCAAAAGUCGCACCCAACAUGAUUCGAAACUAUGUUUUCAACUUCUACAGACGUGUUUCUGCUGAGGCAAUUUAUAUUCUCGUUCCGUUUGCUCUUGGCUACGGAAUCUAUACAUGGGGCAACAAACGAUAUAACUACAUCAACAGCAAAGCAGGGCACAUCGCUGGGGAACAUCAUUAAACUUCUCUACGUUUUUUCCGAGAACCGGAGAUAGAGGAUCAAACCCGUACAUCGUGUUCUCUGCAUAGUGUAUUACGAUUAAUCAAGGAAGUAGACGCCGUCUUUUUGUCUUCAGGAGCACAAACCGUUCAGUCUUCACACAUGUCAUUGCCAGUUUUGAUCUUUAGCUGGAGCUUAUACGCCUGAUUGUUCGACCUUGAAUGGGUAUUGUUGAUAUAGCUAAACUUCUCUUGGA